AUGUACUGGACAGAUCAUGCUAAAAAUAAAAAUAACUUGCAGAUGAGUAUUGAAAAUCUUUUUGCCAUUUACCUGAAAUUCAUCUUACUGACCAACAUCUCUGCUCUCCAGCUUGAGCACUUUCCAGUGUGCAUGUUACAUUUAUCUGAUGUGAUUUCCAGACCAACGCAGAAGUAGAACAUGGUCCUUAAGUAGAUGUCUCAAAGGCAGAGAACAAAACAAACCUGCAACCUUAAAUAUUAAAAAAAAAAAACGUUUUUAAUUUGAUGUGCUGUGUCCAUGCCUGCCUCAGGUGACAAUUCUGACAGUGGAUCAAGUGGACUGAAUGUGUAUGCUUGGUAAAACAAGUCAGGAAAUAUUUGUGGAACAGACUGGUUUCCCAUUAAAAACCCAGAGUCUGAGGCAGAGCCACAAGGGACCUUAACUGAAGCAGAUGGUAGGACAGUUGCUCCAUGUAGAUCAGAGUUCAGCUUUAGACUGGUGGUUAGAGAACAUUUGAUUAAACAAAAAGGCACAACUAUCAGUCUGUUUCUCCAAAAACCUUAACAACCACAGAGGUCCCAUGUUCUCACCUUGGAAUACAAUGCAUAAGGUCCAACAGGAAACAGAUGCACUUUUUUUUCUGAGGGUAUGAUGUCUGAUGAUACAUCCAUCCACCAGCAGUAACCUUGGUGCCCACUUUGCUCCUGUCAUGUCCAGUAAAGCCACUAGAGGGUGCAAUACAAUCUAUGGGAGCAUUUCUGGUCUGAUGUGAUCUUUGGUGGAUCUACUCUGGGAUGUUCACAGAAUAAUUUGAGGGGCUGUUGCAGCCUUCAGCCAGCAUGAUGGCUGACAGUGUUGGGUUUCAGUCUUCAUCAUUCAUUAGUAGGCCUGCCAAAACCCAUCGCAGCAAAACGCUGCAUAUACAUCAGAGAGCAUUAGCUGUUCCCUGAACCGCUGGUGAAUUCUAGCUCGGUAUCAACAGAAAGAUGACUUGCUAUAUUACUAUUCUACAGUUUUGUCAAUUGUUGACAACCAAAGUAAUGUUAUGGUGAUGUGGUCUGCAUUCUCUCUAGACGUCCAGCCACUACACAUUAAAGUGAGCUACAGAUCAUGCUUUUUGCCACACACCAGGCCAUCUUAGUCUCUUUUGUUAUGUGCAUCGUGUGUCAUGCCUUUGUGACAUUCUGUUUUUGCCCAAGAGAAUUUAAGCCAUGUAAUGGAUUUUGUCCAGGGAAGGUGCACCUGUCCCAAAACACUGUACCUAAUCUACUGUUACUUUUCAGAAAGCAGAAAAAGCUUCUCAGUAGGAGACAGAUGUUUUGACUGUUUUUAUCCCUGAGUCAUUCUUUUGAAAAACUGUGCUGUGCAUGAUCUCCUUUGGCUGUGACUUGAAAAUUACAGGGAGUGUAUUGUACAGCCAACUAAUGCUGACCGUAGCUUCUUACAUGUGGUAUUUAAAAGUCUGGGUCUUUUUCUGGACGUACUGUACUAUAUAAACAAGACACCACAGAAGGGAGCAGCUUAUGAUCAUGAAUGCAGGAGAAACACACUGAGAGACCGGCUCAUCAAUUGGUAAAGUGGACUUUACCCAAAAUUUUAAAAAAUCUGAGACGAUAUAAUUAAAGAUUUGCUUAAAAAUAUUCAGGACUGUUGUUUUUACUGAAGAAACACUUGUAGUCAGAGUCUACUGUAUAUUCCUUGUUUUGUGGAUCAUGCAUCAUCACGUAUGUGUUUUAGUUUAAAAGAUCCAUCAUUUUCAUUUUGCAUCUCCUUUAUGACAUCACAGGAAGCUGCAGGCCUACAGAGACCUAUCAGGUUAACACACGCCUUGUCCCCUAUUCCCUUACACACCAUCUGCAUUAUUUAUCACAUCACAUGUCUGAAACAACACUCCUGAAUUGGCUUCAAUCAGCAAAACUGCAUCCAGCAGUGACACCAGACUCAAUACGUGGGUUUUGCAAGAAGGAAUAUUUUUCCAGCUUUGACGCAUAUGAAAUGUUUGCCUCAGCAACUAAGAACUUUGUGAAGCAAGUUGGAGACACAGGAAAGCUGAUCCCUGUUCCGAGUCUUAGCGAGGCCGACCGCUACCAGCCGCUCAGCCUGGUCACCAGGAAGAGGAAGAGGCAUUUCUUAAAGAAGAACAAGUAUGCCUCGACCCCUUUCUCCUUGAAAGACAUCCUGGUAGGAGAGAAGGAGAUCAUAGCAGGAGUGUCUUCCUACCAGCUUCUCAACUAUGAAGACAAAUCAGACGUAGCUCUUAACGGUAGAUUGGGAAAUCACAUCAUCAAUGACGUGGGCUUCAACAUCAGUGGAUCAGACUCUGUGGCUGUUAAAGCGUCCUUCGGCAUCGUGACCAAACAUGAGUUGGAGGUUCCCACUCUGCUCCGGGAGCUCAGCUCCAGGAAAGUGGACCUGGAUCACUGUCUGGUUCGUCAGUCUAAAGAGAGUGGAAGAACUGUUCUCUGUGUUGUUGUGGAGAGUAUCCGCACCACACGCCAGUGCGCUUUGUCAGUCCAUGCCGGGAUGAGAGGGACGACCAUGAGGUUUCAGAUCGAUGAUGGCAGAAACCCUAAAGGUCGAGACAAAGCCAUCGUCAUCCCUGCUCACACCACAAUCGCCUUCAGCAUUUGUGAAAUUUUUGUUAGACUGGAUGGGCGCCUCGACAUCUGUGUAGCCCCAGAGUCUCAGGGGGGAUUCGAGCGGGAGCAGAUCAGAGAGCAGCUCGGUGGCAUCAUUGAUCGCUUCUCUAUUGGUCGACUGCGCAGGUUUCUGUCUGGGAUUGUCUAUGGAAACCCCUUCAGAGCAGAUGAGCGAACAUUUGAGGAGCUUACCCACUCAGACACCUACAUGGACGACAUGGUAACCGACUACUACGAGAAGGCCGCCAGCAUGACAGAUAUGUCUACGGCCUACCUGAGGGAGAGCUCUCACACACGGGUUAACCUCCUCAAACACAACAUACCCAAAGGACCCUGUGCUCUGUGCGGCAUGGGCAGCCAGAAGCGGGAAACAGUCUAUGGCUGUCUGGAGUGCUCAACAGGGGGCCAAAAAUAUGUGCGCCUGCAUGUGGUGCCUUGUUUUGACCUGUGGCACAAAACACUAAGGUGACUGCAAAGAUUUUAUGAACAGCUUUGUCAUGUUCUUACAAGAUCAUACAAGUGUAACUGUUUACCAAGAUGAUUUAUGCACUGUAUAUAUUCUCCUUGUCUUUUGAAUAAGAAAUAAAAACAUAAACUUUUGUAGAAUGAUGCCACACAUGCAGAGCAGCAAUUACUUUUGCCAACAACAUCAGCAAAAGAUGGAUCGUGAACUACUCACAUUUUGGGUGUAAUGCAUAGCAUUAUUUAAAGUUGGUUCUUGGCACCAGGUCUGUUCUACAUCUACUGUAGCUGCAGGAAGAUGAAUUAUUUAACAGGGAAAUUAACAGGAUUAUCUGAAACAAGAAGACUUUUAUUUUUGUUUUAAAAAAUGUGUGUGCACUGCAUGAUGCAAAUGAUGAUCUAAUGUUCAUGUUAUUAAAGUAUGAAAUCC